AUGGUUUUCAACUUCCGCAAGCGCGCUAUCACCGAGGAGAUCACUCCAACCAGCAUCUCUUGCAGUGAAGUAAUAGAGGCCACCGGUGUUGAGGUUCUUACUACCGUCAAGGCAUUCGAAGAACAGCAUAAACUUGAUCCCAACUUACCAAUCGAAGAUCACGAUAAUGUCGAUGCGGCCCUUACAUCUGGUGAUGCUGAGAAGGGAAUCGAGGUUGAGGCGGCAUUACUCGAAGAAAAUAGCCCUUACCCGGAAGUACGCGCUGCGGUAAGAGACUACGAUAUCGACCUACCGGCUAAUACAAUUCGAGCUUGGGUAAUCGGCUUGGCUUUGUGUACCGUAGGCUCGGCCGUAAAUAUGCUCUUUUCCUUGAAGAAUCCUACUAUACAAAUCACCACGUAUGUCAUCCAGUUGAUCGCGUACCCCAUUGGGCGAGGAUGGGACUUGAUAUUCCCCGAUCGAAAGUUUAAUAUAUGGGGGAUCAAGUUUAACUUGAAACCUGGAAAGUUCAACUUUAAGGAGCAUGUUAUUAUCGUCGCCAUGUCGAAUGCCGCUUAUGGUGGAGGCUUCUUGUACGCCACCGACGUCCUGAUUGCUCAGCAGGUAUUUUAUAAGCAACACUUCGGUUGGGGCUUCCAGAUACUAUUUGGGAUUACCACACUUUGCACAGGAUACGGCCUAGCCGGGCUCGCCAGACGCUUCCUUGUCUGGCCGGCUGCGAUGAUAUGGCCUUCCGAUCUUGUAAACGCUUCAUUGUUCUAUGCUCUCCACGACCACUCACCUUCCGAUCCUGUUCAGUCGAAUGGUUGGAGAAUUAGCCGAUAUCGAUGGUUCUUAUACAUCACGCUUGGCGGAUUCGUAUGGUAUUGGUUCCCAGGCUGGAUCUUCCAGGGGCUAUCUUACUUCACGUUCAUAUGCUGGGCUGCUCCUAAGAACGUUGUUGUUAAUAAGCUCUUUGGGGGGUUGCAUGGAUAUGGCCUCCUACCGACGACUUUAGACUGGACCAUGAUCUCUGGUUAUGCGCUAUCUCCGCUCGUCCCCCCUUUCCACGCCAUAGCCAACACUGUAGCAGGUGUAUUUAUCUUCUAUAUCGUCGUUUCUAUGGGCUUACACUUCUCUGGCGCAUGGUACGCCGAUUACUUUGUCGUCCAGUCAUCGAGUGCCUUCGAUAAUACCGGUGCCGUCUACAACGUCUCACGAAUCCUGAACGACGAUUUGACCUUCAACGAACAGAAGUAUCACGAAUAUUCUCCCCUGUUCCUCUCAACUCAGUUUGCCCUUACCUACGGGCUUUCUUUUGCCGCCGUCGCCGCCGUAGUUGUCCACGCUGUUCUAUAUCACGGGAAGCAGAUCGUCUCGCAGUUUAAGCUUGCCCGAAAUCAAGAGGACGACAUCCACAUGAAGCUAAUGAGGAAGUAUAAAGAUGCCGAGGAUUGGUGGUACCUUGCCCUCUUUGCUAUAAUGAUUGGCUUGUCGUUUAUUGUGUGCUGCGCUUGGCCUACAGGGUUUCCUGCUUGGGCUUAUGUGGUUUGCAUCUUAAUCCCACUGGUCUGGACAAUUCCGAUUGGCAUCGUGCAAGCAAUCACAAAUAUCCAGCUCGGGCUGAACGUCUUAACAGAAUUUGUCGUUGGCUACAUGUUGCCCGGUCACCCUCUAGCCAUGAUGAUGUUCAAAAACUAUGGUUACAUUUGCAUACAACAGGCUCUUUACUUUGCUCAGGAUCUAAAGCUUGGUCAUUAUAUGAAAGUGCCUCCCCGUACCAUGUUUUGGUCGCAGCUGGUUGCUUCAGUAUGGUCGGCCAUUGUUCAAAUCGCUGUUAUGAACUGGGCCUUGGGAGCGAUUCCUAAUAUCUGCUCCGACGACCAGCCUGAUAAUUAUGUAUGCCCGAACGGCAGGGUCUUCUAUACAGCAUCGAUCAUAUGGGGUGCUAUAGGCCCUGCGCGAAUGUUCAGCGGUGACGCCAUAUACUCCUCUUUGCAAUGGUUCUGGUUCGUUGGCGCUAUCACGCCUAUAAUUACUUGGUUCUUGGCCCGUCGCGCUCCAAAGUCUAUAUUUCGCUUUAUAAAUAUGCCGCUUUUUUUCGGGGGCGCGAGCUGGAUCCCGCCCGCCACGGCAUAUACAUAUCUUUGCUGGGGAACAGUCGGCUUUGUGUUCAACUACUACAUCAAGCGAAAAUGGAACGGCUGGUGGAUGCAGUAUAAUUAUAUUACAUCGGCUGGUUUGGACGUGGGCCUAGCCAUCUCAACUGUCGUCAUAUUCUUCACACUCUAUCUCACCUCUGCCAGGUUACCAAAAUGGUAUGGAAAUUACGAUGUGUUCGAUACCCUCGACCAGACGGGGUUAGCAAUCAAGAGCUUUGUUGCCGACGGAGAAACGUUCGGGCCAAACACAUAG